GGCAGGCGGCCGCACUGGCGGCUUCCAAGGAAAGUGAGGGGAUGGGGAGGAUGUGCGCGCAAGGCCGUGAGAGAAGAUGGUGGCAGGGAAAGGCCACAACUAUUGUGUGGUGAUUAUGAAAAGGGAGGGGCGGGGAGAGUUGAGGGGGGAUUUUCAGUACAGAGAGAGGAGUGUUUGAAAGUAAGCUCUCAAGGCAUGGUCGGGAUUAAAGCCAGAUGGAUUAUGGAAGGAGAAUGAAGGGCUGCGCGGGGGGAGUGUGUUUAAUAAAGGGAAAUGUAAGGUAUACUCCUCUCUGCCCGUAUUCUGUAGCUCUGGUAUCCUCUGUGCUUGUCAUAGGCGUCUGAUUGACUAAGGGGUGAGCAGGUUGUUAAGAUAACUUCAAGGUAGUGGGUGGGGGAAGGGACAGGGACCUGAAGGGACCUGCCCGGAUAUAGGGGUCCAGCUUAACUUCAUGCUGAGUUGCUAGAUCAAGUUCCUUCCUUUAGUUUGUGACACACUAAAACCUUGAUCUAAAUAGCAUGAGAAAAUAGCAUUUGAAAACUACUCCAUGGAGUGCCACAUUUGAAAGGCAGGCAAACUAUAAUUUGUUAAGUGUAUAGGAAAAUGAAGUCCCAUAGUUCUGAGGCUGGCCCAGAAGAAUUACUUUACACUAAUUCAGCAUUACCUGGGUAUGCACAGACUUGGUUCUGUCAAGAAAGUGAUGACUGUAAUCUUUUGAUAGAGCUUAAUGCUGAAAAUAGUUGCUGUGAUAUGUAGGAUUCAGGAUGAUCAAUGGUUCUGAAUUAUUUAUCAUGAAUUUAAUUAUAUAGAGACCAGUAAUGGAAAUGCCAGAAUACCAGUGAAAUGCAGUCAUAGGCUGCAAUCCUAUACUAAUUUAUCUGGGAAUGCAUUCCAUUGCAUGCAGUGGGACUUACUUCUGAGUAGACCUGAUAGAAUUGGAAUUAAUGAUCAAGUUCCAUUUUGCAUGGGUUGAAGCAUCCAGGUGGGGCAUCCUUCUGUAGAAUAGCUUGAUAUAAUACACAGUACAGACAGAAGAAGGGAUGUAUGCAUCAUUCUUACAAUAUAUGAUAACCAAGGAUAAUGCUAAAUGUAUGAAAUAAUUUUAGCACUACAAAAUUUAUGACAUGUUGACCUUGAAGCUAUCGCAACACUGUACACUGAAAACCACAGACUUAUGUGUCUCCCACCACACACACUUUCAUAAGGUAUUGUGGGUGUCCCUGUACUUGAGUCACUUUAGUUGUAUGUAAUUGUAGCUUGAGAUGGUUUACUCAUAUGUGUUCAAUACCAGAACCUGAUACUGAGUUAAUAGACUGCAUAACUUUGGUUGAUGAAAGAUGUAGAUCUGUAUAUGAGGAGCUUAUUUCAAGUUGACUCCAGACCCCUGUAUAGUCUUGCCAAGUGAUUUGUGCACAUUUCAGAUAGGAAUGGGACAAAGUGAAACUAUGCGAGACUUCAUAGGGAAGGAUGCAGGACUGUGAAAAGGAGCCAGAUGAUUGCACAGGUCAUUGCUUUUUUAUGGUCAGCAGUGUCACAUGCUAGAUAAAGCAAUAAUAGGAUCAGUUCUGUAGAACUCAGGGCCUUCCAUCAUAUUCUAUAGGUCUGACACUGUCUUUCACCUAUACCCUGCUGCUUGCUUUCCAGAUAAACUUAUAUGGUGCCAUUGUCAUUCUCACGGACUGUAAAGUUCAACUCUGUGAACUGUGGUAGAAGUGAAAGGCUAAUACAAUGAGUCUGUUUAAUUUGGACCGGUUUCGCUUUGAAAAGAAGAGAAAAGUUGAGGAAGAGAAUGCUCAGUCGCUUGGCCUACCUGCACAUCAGGAGGAAGCUGCUACUUCUGUUGCUCUGGAUGCUGUAGAUAGAGAUGUUGCACUUCCUUCUGCUUCUGAAAAUCAUGCUAUUCCUAUUUGUGAGAAAGAUGACAAUAUUACUGAACAUAGUAUCAGGCCAGUCACACCAGUAUCUGAUGUGUCAGAGAAAACUGAUGACUCCAGUGUUCCAGAAACCCCUGAAGCAAAGAGGACAACACAGUUAUCUUAUUUUAAGUAUCGGAAAGAUAUUAUUGAAUUAUCAUCAGAAAGUGAUGAAGAUGAAGUACCACCAGAGUAUACCCAUGCUGUUUCCAGGAAGGAUGUAAUCAUCAUUUCGGAACCUUCUGAUAGUGAAGAGGAACCAUUACAAAGAAAUGGACCAGCCCAACCUUCAGAUGCUACAAAGGAGGAGGAAGACGAGGAAGAUGAGGAUCUGAACUACUGCAAACUCCAAACACUAAAAGAACUCUUUCCACAAAAAAGUGACCAAGAGUUAUUACAACUGAUAGAGUCAACUGAUACAAUGGAUGAAGCUAUAGCUGCUGGCCUGAAGCUGGUUGAAGAAGGUGGAUCUCGAAAGAGGAGGCUUGAGGAAAGUGAUACAGAUGGUCCUGAAGAUAAUGAUGACCAAAGUACAAAAAAGAAAAGGCUUGAUCCUCUGCAAAGUCCUGAAAAUCAGUGGGAAAAACGUGAAAAUUUGGUAAGCAAACUACACAAGGAAUUUCCCAGUUUGGAUAAAGAGGAACUGAGAGAUGUGCUUCGGGAACACAACUGGAUAUAUCAGGAAGCUCUGGAGUCUUUAAAAGUAUUUAUGGAAGAUCAAGAUGAUACACAAUAUCCUUCCAAAAGUGAAGUUUCAAAUGGAAAGGGGGUAUCCAUUAAUAAUACCCAUUAUCCUGAGAAUGAUGCUAAUGUGAUGCUCAAAGAAAAACCCACAAAAUCUCAGAAUGGCUUCAGGAAAAAAGAUAAAAAGAAAAAAAUUUGGAAUACUAAAAAAGACUCGCAGGAUUUGGAAUACGAAUCUGCUUCGGAAGCUGGUAGCUCCCUUGAUGAGGACUACAGCAGCGGUGAUGAAGUGAUGGAAGAUGGUUACAGAGCUAAAAUACUUAGCUUUCUACAAGAUGCCUCACUUGGUGAACUCACUUUGAUCCCACAGUGUUCUCAGAAGAAGGCUCAGAGAAUAAUAGAGCUACGGCCCUUUAAUAGUUGGGAAGCUCUGUUCACAAAAAUGUGCAAGACAAAUGGUUUGUCAGAAGAUAUUAUAUGGAACUGUAAAACAUUACUGAGAGAGAGGGAUGUUGUGUUAAAACUUAUGAACAAAUGUGAAGAAAUUUCAAAUAAACUGAACAAGCAAGUGACAAGAAUUACCAGAGAUGGAGGAGGUGGCUGGAACAUUGAGCAGCCUUCCAUUCUGAAUCAAAGCAUGGAGCUUAAGCCAUAUCAGAAGAUUGGUUUAAAUUGGCUAGCACUUUUGCAUAAGCAUUCACUGAAUGGUAUUUUAGCUGAUGAAAUGGGUUUAGGAAAAACCAUUCAAGCGAUUGCAUUUCUGGCAUAUCUUUACCAAGUGGGCGAUAUAGGUCCACAUUUGAUUGUAGUGCCAGCAUCAACAAUAGAUAACUGGAUAAGAGAAGUUAACCUGUGGUGUCCUGAACUCCAAGUCUUAUUUUAUUAUGGCUCUCAAGAAGACAGGAGGCAUCUCAGAAUGGAUAUCCAUAAUAAAGUUGUGGAUUUCAAUGUGAUUGUGACAACGUAUAACUGUGCAAUUAGCAGUCCAGAAGACCGCAGUCUGUUCCGCCGGAUGAAACUUAAUUAUGCAAUCUUUGAUGAAGGUCAUAUGUUAAAAAACAUGGGCUCUGUACGCUAUCAGCACCUGAUGACUAUUAACGCAAAAAACCGUUUGCUGCUAACAGGAACUCCAGUUCAGAACAAUCUUCUAGAACUUAUGUCACUCUUGAAUUUUGUGAUGCCACACAUGUUCAGUAGUAGUACCAGUGAAAUUCGGAGAAUAUUCUCUUCUAAAGCAAAAGCAUCCGAGGAACAUAGUAUAUACGAAAAGGAGAGAAUUGUACAUGCCAAGCAGAUAAUAAAACCAUUUAUCCUGAGAAGAGUAAAAGAAGAGGUCUUGAAACAAUUACCUCCCAAAAAAGAUAUAGUUGAAUGGUGUGAAAUGUCUGAAAAACAAGAACAACUAUACCAGGAUCUGUUCAGCUGCUUAAAAAAAUCUAUUGACAGUCAAGAAAAGAAUACAGAAAUGGGCAAUGUAAUGAUGCAGCUAAGAAAAAUGGCCAACCAUCCUCUGUUACACCGCCAAUAUUAUACCUCUGAAAAACUGAGAGUGAUGUCAAAACUCAUGCUAAAGGAGCCUACACACUGUGAAGCAAACCCUGACCUUAUAUUUGAAGAUAUGUCUGUGAUGACAGAUUAUGAAUUGCAUUUGCUUUGUAAACAGUACACAAAUAUUCAUGAUUUCAGACUGGAGAUGGACCUGAUUUUGGAUUCAGGAAAAUUUAGAACACUGACACACAUUUUGUCAGACUUCAAAGAAAAGGGUGACAGAGUUGUCCUCUUUAGCCAGUUUACAAUGAUGCUAGAUAUACUAGAGCUUCUUCUGAAACAUCAGCAGCAUAGAUACCUUAGACUGGAUGGAAAGACACAAAUUGCUGACAGGAUACAUCUGAUAGACGAAUUUAAUUCAGAUAUGGGUAUCUUUGUCUUCUUGCUGUCAACUAAAGCUGGAGGUCUUGGGAUUAAUCUGACCUCAGCCAAUGUGGUUAUCCUUCAUGACAUUGACUGCAACCCUUACAAUGACAAGCAGGCUGAAGACCGAUGCCACAGAGUAGGACAAACUAGAGAAGUGAAAGUUAUAAGGCUUAUAAGUAAAGGAACUAUAGAAGAAUCGAUGCUCAAAAUCAGUCAACAAAAGUUAAAACUAGAACAAGACAUGACAGCAGCAGAUACAGGAGAAGAAGGGGCCAUUCCAGCAGAUAUAGCAACAUUAUUAAAAACGUCAUUAGGUCUCUAAUAGAAUAAAGAAAAUCAUUGUAGAUAUCUUUUUUAUUUGAGGAAAAAUGAAACGUGGUGCUUCAAGAACUUUUUGUUAUUAAAUACAUUUGUAUGGACAUUUAUAACUUUUUGUAACUUCCUUGUUGUAUUGCUCAUGGCAUAGUUCUCUUGCCCAACCCUCACUCCACUACUGGUACUCUGAAGCAAAAUGUAGAGUUGCCACAAAAAUGUAGUGCAUAAAAUGCCACAUAAGCUAUCUUGCCAAGGCAGUUUUUAAAUGGGGACCCUAGUUUUAACAGAACUGCUAAUGCUUAAAAUUGUUCCAUAUUUUUGUAAUUAUUUCUACCUCCAAAUAUAUAUAUAGAACCUGUCUAUUUCACUGGAUGUGUUUUUUUUACAUGUGCCUUAUUUGAAAUGCCCAUAUUUGUUGUCUCUCAGCUUGUUUUUAUUUGAAGUACUGUAAUGUUUUGUAUCAAAUUGUUCACAUAAUAAAAGUUGGUCCUUAACA